ACGAAGUUGAAAUGUCGCGACUGACUUUGCGGAAGUCAUUCUUCGAUAGCCUAUGGCCGUUAAUACUGUCCGACAAUGUGUGCGACACGCAUAGCAAGCAUAGGUGCACUUUCUAUUAUCCGGACCAACAGUUCAGCAAUAUCUGGCUGCAUGGAUACCUCGCGGAACGAGGCUUCAAAAACUAUCAACCCCCGACAGUGAUUCGUUGUUGCUUCGACGAAGACGAAGGAAAGCUUCUGCUAUGUGAAUCGGCAGAUGACAAUGACACCGAAUUGAAGAAACAUAAGGCAAGUGACGUAAAGGCAGAUGAGCUUUCUUACCAAUCGCAAGACGACGAAGACACGCCGUAUAGAUCCAAAGCCCUAGAUAUCUUGCCUUUGGGGCAUCAAAUCGCCGCGGUUAAUAACUCUUUCGACACGCGUCGCACGCUUGCGCAUCGUUUCAUAAAUCGUCAGUUCCCAUGGUAUAUGCAAUGGCCCGAUUACUUAACACCCUUCAAGCUCACCGAUGUAGCACAACAAGAUUUUAAUAGCAAGCUCAAACAAGCCAUCGUACAGGAUAUGAUCACCUUCAACUGCAAGUUGAUUAUAAUCGAUUUGGCGCAGGAGAUGUGUCUUCAUGUGUUGGAAGAUUGGUUGAAUUUCACGCGCUUUGCCUUUGUUAUUAUGUUGGCGCGGAGCGAAGAUGCUGUAAAGCAAAUCAAACUGAUGGGAUCCAACUUGAGCGCAGUAAAGGUGGUGGAAAAUAUGGAGUACUCAUGGCAUGAGCAGUUAACGGAGUCAUUGCGUGUAGGUGUGACACACGCCACGGUGCUUGGUGUUUUCGAAAACUGCGCGAAGCCUUUUAUAUUCGUGUUCGGUCGGAGACGAAACUGUUGCAAAUUAAAUAUGCAUAGAGUACUGAGAAAGAACAGCUAGAUCGGUUUGUAGGAAAAGUUUAGGCAUAUACAUAUACGUAUAUAUACGAAGGAUGAGUUCCAAAUCAAAAUCGUAAAUAUAUUUUAUUUAUAUUAUUGUUGGAUUAUUGAGUAUUUAUUACUGCUUGGAAGUAACAAAUACUUACGUCCAGAA